AUGACAGCAAAAUUUAAAGAAUUAACUAAACGAUAUGGCACAUCAGCCUUGGCUGUUUAUUUUAUUAUUUCAACAAUUGAUUUAGGCACUACAUUUAUAUUGAUUCAAUCAGGUGGAGCUGAAAGAGUUGUUAGUAAUACUUCUUCAAGACCAACAAUGCCUUCUUGGACAAGUACUUUGGUUAUAGCAUAUGGUAUUCAUAAACUUUUACUUCCACUUAGAUUAGGUUUAACUGCAGCAAUAACCCCAUCUGUUGUCAAGAAAUUAAGAAACAUGGGUUGGAAUCUUGGUAAAUCAAUUUGA